AAAAACCAAGCAAAAGGUCAUCUUAACUUUUGUGUAACACUUGCGGUCAACCGGAAUUGGCGAAUUAUUCUAAGUAGAUCUUAAUCAUAAACAGCAUCAUGGGUCGCAAAUUCGUUGUCGGCGGAAACUGGAAGAUGAAUGGCGACAAGAACCAGAUCAACGAGAUAGUCAACAACCUGAAGAAAGGUCCUCUGGACCCCAAUGUUGAGGUUGUUAUUGGUGUGCCUGCCAUCUACCUUGCUUAUGUGAAAAGCAUCAUUCCUGACACCAUCAGUGCAGCUGCCCAAAACUGCUGGAAGACUGCUAAAGGAGCAUUUACUGGUGAAAUAUCGCCAGCAAUGAUCAAAGAUGUUGGCUGCGAGUGGGUGAUCCUCGGCCACUCAGAGAGAAGAACAAUCUUUGGCGAAAAGGACGAGUUAGUCGCUGAGAAGGUCGCUCAUGCUUUGGAGUCCGGUCUGAAAGUGAUCGCGUGCAUCGGCGAGACCCUGGAAGAGCGUGAGGCAGGCAAGACCGAGGAGGUGGUGUUCCGGCAGACGAAGGCGCUGAUCCCGGCCAUCGGCAGCAACUGGGACCGCGUGGUGCUGGCCUACGAGCCCGUGUGGGCCAUCGGCACAGGGAAGACCGCCUCGCCUCAGCAGGCUCAAGACGUACACGCGUCGCUCCGCAACUGGCUGUCGGCGAACGUGUCGGCGGAGGUGGCGGGCGCCGUGCGCAUCCAGUACGGCGGCUCGGUGACGGCGUCCAACGCCAAGGAGCUGGCGUCCUGCGCCGACAUCGAUGGCUUCCUCGUCGGCGGCGCCAGCCUCAAGCCAGAGUUCGUUGACAUCGUUAACGCCACUCAGUAAAACUAACGUAGGUUGGGUCACAAAACGACGCUGCGCUGCGCUGAUGUCCCUAAGCAUUCUAGUAACUACCGAAUGGGGCAGAACACGGCAAAAAAUAAGUGUUAAAAUGGCUUGUUUUCCUUUGCCAAAAAGCGGCUGGUAAAUAUCUAAUCAAAAUAAGACACUGACUAAUAAAAAUACGUAAGUAUAAUUGAAUAAAAAUAUAAAAUUAUGUAAUAUUUUUUAUUAAUAGGUCAUCAUAGCCCCGUGCCAUAUUUAACAACAAUGUUCGAAUUAAGUCGGUAUUUGUUUUUGCUACUAAACUUGACAACUAAAACUCGGUUUGACAAUAUUUUUAACAUGAAGGACAUUGUAGUAAAGUGAGAUUAUGACAGACAAAAUAAAGUAACUCUUUAUCUGUCAAACCUAUUGUAAGUUGCAUAUUGUUAAAUAAUAGAUGUCGCGUCUAUGAUUGUUGAUUGCAGCUGGGCGGUCGUUUUGUGUAUACCCCGAUAUAAGUACUCAUUUAUACAUUAUAUACAUACGAUAUAUUAGUAAUAGUUAUAGAUGUCGUAUGCUUGCAGUUUGCAUUAUCCGUUUUAUAAGUUUAAUAACUUUUCGUUUGUAAGUUUAUAUUAAAUCAAAUCUGAUAUGAGAGUAUGUCUACUUGGUCAUUGUUGUUGUGUAUUUAUAGAGCGUUCGAUUUUUUCGAAAUGAAUUUGUCUCAUACUGUUAACGUGUCUCGUACGUGAAUAAAUUGGCUAUAUUACAGUU